AAUAGCUGUUCCUGACAUUCACAGGUUUUAGCGUUCAGCCGUAGCACCUUCAUCAAAGGUUUUGUGCAAAAUUAUGCGAUCUUCAUGGGCUGAUUCAGUUGCGAACGCCGAGGAAUCGGCGCCCGCGACUGGUGCUGCUCCCGCCCCUAUUGCCAAUCACCAGAACUCGCGUCCCACACGCAGCUCUUACGUCCCUCCUCACCUCCGUGGCGGUGGCCGCUCACCAGAGAAUCAAGUGCCAGCUGCAGCUCCAACACCACCUGGCGCUUACCCCUCAGGUGCUGUGCAGCCUUCUGGUGGGUACGCAGCUGCUGUUGGUGGCACUCGCUGGGCUGCCCCUCCUGGUGCUGGUAGCGCUGGUGUAGGUGUUGUCCGCCAGGGUGGUGGUGGACGUGGUGCUGUUGGUGGCGCCGGCGGUGGCUGGAACUCCCGCCCUGGUGGGUGGGGGGACCGCAGGGACCGUGAACCAAACCCUUUCGGCGACAGUGAGCCGGCGGCUGUGGAUGUUGACUUUGAGAGUCAACAGAACACAGGCAUCAAUUUUGAUGCCUAUGAGGACAUUCCUGUGGAGACAAGUGGCCACGAUGUGCCUCCAGCAGUCAACACGUUUGCAGAGAUUGACUUGGGUGAUGCACUGAAUGAGAAUAUACGGAGGUGCAAGUAUGUGAGGCCUACACCUGUGCAGCGGCAUGCCAUUCCGAUUGUCAUUGGAGGCAGGGAUCUGAUGGCCUGUGCUCAGACUGGGUCUGGGAAGACAGCUGCUUUUUGUUUCCCGAUCAUCAGUGGGAUCCUAAAGUCAAGGCCACCACAGAGGCCAAGAGCUAGGACUGCAUUUCCUCUUGCUCUGAUAUUAUCUCCUACUCGCGAGCUAUCAGUCCAAAUUCAUGAAGAAGCAAAGAAAUUUGCAUACCAGACUGGUGUUAAGGCUUGUGUUGCAUAUGGUGGAGCACCAAUUCAUCAGCAGUUGAGAGAACUGGAAAGAGGUGUUGAUAUACUAGUGGCAACUCCUGGUCGUUUGAUGGAUCUGCUGGAGAGAGCUAGAGUAUCACUGCAAAUGGUGAAUUACUUGGCUCUUGAUGAAGCUGACCGGAUGCUUGAUAUGGGGUUUGAGCCACAGAUACGCAAGAUUGUUGAGCAGAUGGACAUGCCCCCUCGUGGUGUGAGACAGACCAUGCUGUUCAGUGCUACUUUUCCAAAGGAGAUACAACGCCUGGCAUCAGAUUUCCUUGCAGACUACAUCUUCCUUGCUGUUGGAAGAGUUGGUUCAAGUACCGAUUUGAUUGCUCAAAGGGUGGAGUUUGUCCUUGAAGCGGAUAAAAGAAGUUACCUCAUGGACCUUAUUCAUGCGCAGAAGGCUAAUGAUGUUCCUGGAAAGAAUUCUCUUACUUUGGUCUUCGUGGAGACAAAGAGGGGCGCUGAUGCUCUGGAGAACUGGCUGUAUACAAAUGGGUUCCCUGCAACAAGUAUUCAUGGAGAUCGUACACAACAGGAAAGGGAGUAUGCGCUGAGAUCCUUCAAGAGUGGAGCAACUCCCAUCCUGGUUGCAACUGACGUUGCUGCUCGUGGGCUUGACAUUCCAGAUGUCGCCCACGUCAUCAAUUUUGAUCUGCCAAAUGACAUUGAUGACUAUGUUCACCGCAUUGGGAGAACUGGAAGAGCUGGGAAGUCUGGUCUGGCAACUGCAUUUUUCAAUGAGGGCAACAUGUCACUGGCCAGGCCGUUAUGUGAACUGAUGCAGGAAGCCAAUCAGGAGGUUCCUCAGUGGCUGGAGCGCUAUUCUGCCCGUUCCUCAUUCGGAGGCGGCGGAGGAGGCAGAAACCGCAGGUCAGGAGGCGGCGGUGGUGCUCGAUUUGGUGGACGUGACUUCCGUCGCGACACGAGGGGCGGCGGCGGUGGAGGAGGUGGCGGUUACGGCGGUGGUGGUGGUGGCG